CCCAGGCCCCAGCGCGCCUUUCCAACGCCAAGUUGCCCUAAACGUCACUUCCAUUCUCCUCCCCACGCCACUCCAGAGCCUUCGUUAACUUUCAGCGCACUCUGUCUUCAGAAACGGCCUUUCUUUCGGGCUUUCGUUUUCUGCUUGAACCACACACAGAGCCCGCGCGCCUGGCGCAAGCGUUUGUCCUGCACGAUUGUAACUCCGCCGCGGAGCUCUCCCCGGAGCCUAGGAGGCUCCGCCGCUGUCCCCAGCGGCAGGGCAGCCCCGGCACCCGAAAGUCCCCGCUCCGGGGCGUCGGGACCUGUGCAAACUCGCUGCAGCGGGAGGAAGACGCGAUCUAGCCCGCGCCACCUGUUUGCGCUCCCGGAAGCUCCCGCACCCCGCCUGCCCUCUGAGCCCGCCUCCCGGAGUUUCGGGACUCCUCCCAGGGCCCCCACGCAGAGCGGCGGGGCCUGGAUCACGCCCCGGCCUGGAUGUCCUACGUCUCAGUCCCCGCUUGAAGCUGACAGCCGGUGUGAUGAUGGCGCAGUGGCUCGUGCACCUCGGCCAAAAGCUGCUGCUCUGGGGCGCCUUGAGCGCCAUCUCCCUGGCUGGCGUAACCGUGAUCCUGAAACUCCUGCAGCUGCUGGCGAGCUACGUGCAGAAAUGUCUGCACAUGAAGUCACUCCCGACCAUCACCGAGGGGAGAGCCUACCCCUUUUUGGGACACUUACUGAUUCUGAAGCCAGACGCCAGAGAUUUUUUCCGGCAGCUAAUUGAGUACUCUGAAAAAUACAGACAUCUGCCACUUUUCAAACUCUGGCUUGGCCCCGUGCCGCUGGUGAUCAUGUACAACACAGAAGUUGUGGAGGUGAUUUUAACAAAUUCAAAGCAUAUCGACAAAUCCUAUAUGUACAAGUUUCUACAGCCAUGGCUUGGCCUAGGGCUCCUGACAAGUACUGGGUACAAAUGGCGCUCCAGGAGAAAAAUGUUAACACCCACCUUCCAUUUUACAAUUCUGGAAGAUUUCUUGGAUGUCAUGAAUGAACAAGCAAAUAUACUAGUUAACAAGUUUAAAAAACACAUUGAUGGAGAAGCCUUUAACUGCUUUUUUGACAUUGCUCUUUGUGCCUUAGAUAUAAUCUGUGAAACGGCGAUGGGCAAGAAUAUCGGUGCCCAGAGUGAUGACGAUUCCAAGUAUGUCCGUGCGGUUUAUAGGAUGAGUGAUAUGAUACACCGAAGGAUGAAGGCGCCCUGGCUCUGGCUUGAUUUUCUGUACCUUAUGUUUAACGAGGGAUGGGAACACAAAAGGACCCUACAGAUCGUGCAUAAUUUUACCAACGAUGUCAUCAAUGAACGGGCCAAAGAAAUAAAGAGAGCUGAAGACUGUCAGAGCGAUGAGAGCGAUGCUACCUGCUUCAGAAAGAAACGCAGGGCCUUUCUUGACUUGCUCUUAAACGUGGUGGAUGAUGAAGGACGAAAGCUAAGUCACAACGAUGUUCGGGAAGAAGUGGACACAUUCAUGUUCGAGGGCCAUGACACCACUGCAGCUGCCAUGAACUGGUCCUUGUAUCUAUUGGGUUCCUAUCCAGAAGUCCAGAAAAAACUGGACGAGGAGCUGGACGAAGUGUUUGGGCAGUCCGAUCGCCCUGCCACCUUAGAAGACCUGAAGAAACUGAAAUACCUGGAGUGUGUAAUCAAGGAGACCCUUCGUCUUUUCCCUUCAGUCCCUUUUUUUGCCCGUCACCUUAAUGAAGAUUGUGAAAUUGGGGGCUACAGCAUAGCCAAAGGCUCCCAAGCCCUCAUCAUCCCCUAUGCGCUGCACAGAGACCCCAAGAACUUCCCGAAUCCGGAGGAAUUCCAGCCCGAGCGGUUCUUCCCUGAGAAUGCGGCGGGACGCCAUCCCUACGCCUACGUGCCCUUCUCUGCGGGACUCAGAAACUGUAUAGGCCAAAAGUUUGCCAUAAUGGAAGAAAAGACCGUUCUUUCCUGCAUCCUGAGGCACUUUUGGGUAGAAUGCAGCCAGAAAAGAGAAGAGCUUGGUCUGGCGGGAGAGCUGAUUCUUCGUCCGACUAACGGCAUCUGGAUCAAGUUGAAGAGGAGAAAUGUCCGUGAACCCUAACUUUACUCUGGGGCUGUGCGUGUCUCCAGAGUAAGAUCAUUCUCUAAGGGAAACUUGGUCACUUGGAGUUUACAGAUCAUCAGUUCAAUUCCCUUAAUCCCUAGACAUAAAUUUUUCUUGUCACCGCUUACCUUGGGGUCAAGUCUACCAAAGAGAGUUUGUAUGUGUUUAAAAUGGCCAUAGCUCUCACCCCUGGUCUUGAUCCCAAAAGGUGAGUUAACUGAUGUCCAUACCCAAAAUGUGUAUGGACACAUUUAUGUGUCCAUAAAUGUGUAACGUUUCUCAACAGAGGGAUCCACAGGCCACUUCAGUUUCAAUGGACAGGCCCGAAGGAUAGAAUUCCAUUGAGGUUGCAGCAUUUUUUAAGAUGCCCUUGUUGACUCGGGAACAUAAAUGUGCAGGCACGCAUAUAAAUUUAAUUUGAGAAGGGUGAGUAAUUAAGUACUUUGAAUGAAGGAGCUUAAGUUUUAAAAAUGAUACCAGUGGCAUUAGUUGUGAGAAUAAUUAUUCUUGUAGUACUUUUCAGAUUAUAUCAAGGGAGGUACAUCAUUUAUCAGUUGACCUGUAGGUUCUGUUUUUAUCUCCCUUGUAACUGUGUACUGAUAGACUUCAUUUCGUUGUGUAUAAUGUCACAGUUACCUUUGUCCGUCAUGCGUUAUCAGGAGAGAUUCCUCUUCAUGCUCUCUAAUCCCUCACUGUCCCUCGUAAUGCUGAUGAAGGGCUUUUGGAGCUGGAAGUGCCUUAGAUCUUAUCUAGUUAUACUCCUGUUUCUUAGAAGUAAUGGAAAAGAUCCAUGGGAGGUGAGUUUCUUUCCAAAGUCAUGCCACGCAUGGGUGGCGGUGCUGGAAAUGGAAAGAAGUCUACACUCUCAGUCUCUCCACUCCCAGAAUGAUACACUUCUAGUGCAAUGUGCUCUUGCUUUGUGAAGCUCAGAUCUCUAACUGGGCGUGUCAAUAGAGCACAGAUCUUCCCGAAGUCUUCCAUCAUUAAGGAAGAGGAAACCACACAUGCAAUUUAGAGGCCGGGCACUGUCUCGCUGUAGGGUUAACUGUCAAGGAAAUUCAAUCUUCCAGAACAUACCUAUCAAGCAGGUAACUGACACACAUUCUCUGAAUUUUAAUUCCACUGACCAUAUCCCUACUCACUCAGUGACCUGAAAAAAAACUUCUUUUAAUAAAUAUUUCUAAUAAGAUGGUUUCUUUAGUUUUCUCAACGAAUAGCAGAUAGAAGCAACAAAUUAAGAGAAUAGAAUAUCCAUUCUUCAAUGGAUAUCAAAGGAAGAGGUUCGCAGACCAAAACCAUUUGGCAAACAUUACAGGCUGAGGCGUUGCGGGCUGGGUCAACCCCUGUGCCCACUCGACUGGCCCAAGGAGGCCAGCGCAGUCCCCAAGGUGCUGAGAAAAACUCAAGGAAGUAUAUGAUACCGUUGAAAAUGAUUCCAAUGAUAUGGUAAAUCUGGUUAUCUAGACGCUGGGUGUACAUAGAUAAUCUGCUCCCAGAUGAUUUUGGAUAAUUAAGGUUUUAUUGCUAGAAAUCGGUAUUAUUUCUCAAUUUUAUGCACUUACAUUUAAACCUUGCCUUUUAAAAAACCUCUUCAGUGACCCUAUACUAGACAUGGAAUUAAAUUUAAAGUAAGACAUUGCUUCAGGUUACUUUUUGGUCUAAAAUCUUCAUUUGCCCCCGAAUAAUGCGUUAUUCAUAUUUUAAUUGGAAAUUCCCUUAAAUUGUGUCCGGGUUGGAAUGGAGAAAGUGUGUUAUGGUCUGUAGUAUCCAAAUGAAGGUGCUGACUUUUUUCUAAAUAAGAGAAUGAUCACAUAUCUGCUUGUGUGCCUGUGGUCUGUCAUGCUCCUGCCUGAAAGUAGCGUCAAGAAAAAUAAAUAAAGCACAUUUUAAACAUG